AUCUGUCCUGCCCGGAUGUGUAUGUCUGAGUGCCUUAUCCUGCAGUGCAUCUGGCAGUAGCGACGGUUAGGGAAGUUAGUAACAACUACUACAGUAAAGGAGUACAGAACAUUAGUUGCUGUUGGAGAGACACCACACGGAUCAAGCCUUAUAGGCUGGGAUGACCACGAACAGAGUAGGACUUCUGAGGAUCUCCUUCCUUCCCAUCUAUAGUAUCUGGACUGAGGAGGGACUCCACCUGUAACGUUGUGAUUGGGAUUAAGUGAAGGCUCUAACCUGGGUGUGCGCCAUAACGGUGAAACUGGAUGAACACAGGCAGCCUACUGAGAGACCAUGAUGAGGAGGGGAGAGGAGCGAGAGGACAUCACCACUCUCAUCGCCAUGACUAACACUGCAGACCACAACUACGGGAGCAUGGAUACUGGGAUGUCUCAGGUCAGCUCUGGGGACAAAAAUGUGUUCAGCGACGGCAUCACUCGCAUUGACUUUGUGUUAGUUUGGGAGGAGAGUUUAGCUGUGUUGAAGGAUGGCACAUUAGAGAAAGACAAGUCAAGUCACGCCAUCCAAGACUCACACAGGAAGUGGAGGGAAGACUUCCUGUCCAGACUUCAAGCAGCCGGCAUCGACCAGGAGAUGCGGGAAGUUCUUCAAGCUAAGAAGAAAAUCUCCUAUGUGCUCCUGAGCGCCCCCUGGAGUGUCCUUUGCUACUACGCUGAGGAGAUCAGUCUCCGGGUCCCUCUGCAGAUGGUAACCACACCAAACUUCAACUGGUCAGAGAGGAUGCUAGAGAAAAUAAAAAUCCCAAACCUCAUGAGCCAAGACGUGCCCAGCAUGCCUCCGGACUAUUACACCUGCCAGUUUCGCACCAACAAACUGGAAAGGUUUCUGGGCAGUGAGAAUAAGGAGACGUUCUUCAAGACUACCCAAAGACACCAAGUACUGUAUGAGAUUUUAGCACGGACGCCUUAUGGGGCAUUAAAAAGAGGAGAGGUGGGAAUCGAAAGGCUGCUCAGCGAGAAUGCCUUCUCUGCUGCAUACCCCCUGCAUGAGGGUCCAUUUGAGAUGCCCGGGGGGGAGGCGGUGGACUCUCAGUCCUUGAGCAUGAGGCAGAUCCUCCACCAGUAUUGGGCUCGCUGGGCCAGCUGGAAGAAUUACCAGCCUCUGGACCACAUCCGAGAGUACUAUGGAGAGAAGAUAGCACUGUACUUUGCCUGGCUAGGGUUCUACACAGGCUGGCUGCUCCCAGCAGCUGUGGUCGGAACACUGGUCUUUCUGUUUGGGAUCUGGCUGAUGGUCACUGAUGCGCCAGCGCGGGAGAUCUGUGAGAGCAAGGAUGAGUUUGUCAUGUGUCCUCUGUGCAAAAUCUGCUCCUACUGGAACCUAUCCAGCAUCUGUACCACCUUCAAGGCAGGGCUGUUAUUUGACAAUGGGGGAACGGUAUUCUUCAGUAUUUUCAUGGCUCUAUGGGCUGUCACUUUCCUGGAAUACUGGAAGCGCACCAGUGCAGUGCUGGCCCACCGAUGGGACUGUUCAGAGUUUCAGGAAACUGAGGAGCGCCCAAGGCCAGAGUUCACUGCCACAGCACCCAUGACCCUGCGGAACCCUGUGACUGGUGCAGAGGAGCCUUACUUCCCAAAGCGACGCCGCUUCAACCGCACCCUGACCGGCGGCAUGGUCAUCAUAAUCAUGGUAUCUGUAGUGCUGAUGUUUGUGGUGGCGAUCAUCGUUUACCGGGUGAUUCUGAGCAUCAUCAUUUACAAAUCUCACAAUGCCUUCUUGAUCUUCUCUGCUGGUCGGAUAGCCAGUCUCACAGGGUCCGUGCUGAACCUUCUGGUGAUCCUCAUGCUCUCCCGGGUCUACAUCUACCUUGCCCAGGUCUUAACGCGUUGGGAGAUGCACCGCACACAGACCAAAUAUGAGGACAUGUUUAUUCUCAAGGUCUUCAUCUUCCAGUUUGUCAACUUCUACUCCUCCCCGGUCUACAUUUCCUUUUUCAAAGGCCGGUUUGUUGGUUACCCUGGCAACUACUACAAGCUAUUGGGAAUACGGAAUGAGGAUUGCGGUGCUGGGGGCUGUCUCAUUGAACUGGCCCAGGAGCUACUGGUCAUCAUGGUGGGAAAACAGGUCAUCAACAACAUUCAGGAGUUUAUCAUGCCAAAACUAAAGUCUUGGUGGCAGAAGCGCAAGAUCCAUCCUAAGGUUAGAGCUGAAGAUGAGAAGGUGAAAGAGGGAGUAUCGACACAGGAUGCUGCACCCUGGGAGACCGACUAUGAGCUCCUGCUGUGUGAGGGACUGUUCGAUGAAUAUCUGGAAAUGGUGCUGCAGUUUGGCUUCAUUACCAUCUUUGUGGCGGCAUGUCCACUUGCCCCACUGUUUGCCCUGAUCAAUAACUGGGUAGAGGUGCGUCUGGACGCGCAGAAGUUUGUGUGUCAGUACAGACGGCCCGUAGCCGAGAGGGCUCAGGACAUUGGAAUCUGGCUGGACAUCCUACAAGUCAUCACCUACGUUGCUGUCAUUAGUAAUGCCUUCCUGAUAGCUUUCACUUCUGACUUCCUGCCUCGCCUCUACUACCGCUACAACAAUGAUGGAAACCUUCAGGGUUAUGUUAACUUCACCUUGGGUACUUCCCCAAGCAACUUUAACGCCAACAACACACAAUGCAGAUAUAGAGGAUACAGGGAUAGAAAUGGGCAUUUUCGACCGGAGUACUUCCACCUUCUGGCUUGCCGGCUGGCCUUUGUCAUAAUUUUUGAGCAUGUUGUGUUCUUCAUCGGUCGUUUGAUUGACUUCAUGGUCCCUGAUAUACCUGAGGAUGUGGAGAUCAAAAUUAAGAGAGAGCACUACAUGGCCAAGGAGGCCCUGGCUGAGAACGAGGCUUUGGGUAAGGUUGUCGUCCUAUUUGAAAAGGAGAAUCUGUCCACUGAGUUGCGACGCAGAGCCAAACCUCAAACUUCCACAGCGUCUCCACCCCGGGAGAGCAACUCACCACCACCCUUACUGAAUCCAAUCCCAGAGGACCCAGACAGAUCACCGCUCUAACCCCUGACCUCCCCAGGGGUCGUUUGGACGCCAGCUCAAGGGUUACGAAAUGCUGGGACCCUUUUGCUCUCUGUACCGGUGCUCGCUGCUCCGGAUUUCCAUCGUCCAUUUGCUUUGUACACCGAUGUCAGCGACGUAAGAGCAGGCGCUUUGCUCCUACAGAAAGACGAUAACAAUGUCGAGCACCCUGUGGGGUACUUUUCAAAGGAAUUUGACACAUAUCAGAAACACUAGACCAGGCCUGGGCAAAGGACGGCCCGGGGGCCGUAUGCGGGCCGUGACCUGAUUCAAUAUGGCCCGCAGAAUCAUGCUCAGAUCACAUGAAGAAUUUGUGAUAGUAAAGUUUUGAAAAGCGAGUUUGACUUGCACGUUGGGCGGGCUGACUGGCCCAGUGCUCCAGAUGAAGACUGUAGUCAACGGUGACCAACAGUGGCCACAGGCAGAAGGUUAUUACCGGUUUCCACAGACAUUCCCCACCCAAUUGUAGUGGGUGAAGUAUGGUUUCAACAUGUUGAUAUGACACAGACAGGUUCUUUUUCCUACGCUCAGGUGUGGCAAUAAAGUAAUCCAGAUUACACAUUUUUUCACUAUGGUGUAAGGGCCUGAAAAGUGAGCUUGCCACAGAACAGACAACAAAACCAGGAUUUGGUCAUCCACGGUGCAAUUUGUAUCAAAGCACAAACGUGUUCCAACAGAUUUUGUUUUGGGGGUAUUGUCCUGCAACAACCUCUCUCUCAGAAAGCUCAACGGACCACUGACAUGAUGUACAAUCACAAGCUCAUUUGGACUGAAAUCAAGAGAUUCCUGAACAAACUUCUGUGCUGCAAAGUGCACUAGAGGGACUCCUUUAUCACAGUCUUUCAUCCCAGUCUUUCAAUCUGAAGUGCAGUUAACUCAAAUUUGUUGUUUACUACAUGAUUACACAUGUGUUAUUUCGUAGUUUUGAUGUCUUCACUAUAAUUCUACAAUGUAGAGAAUAGUAAAAAAAUA